AUGGCGCUUGACUGGUACCACAGAGGAGCACGUCAUGGCUGCGGGGGUUGUGAGUAUAACAUUGGGCAAUUCUAUAGUGACGGCCACGGCGUGGAGCAAAACAUCGACACGGCGCUGGAAUGGUACACAAAGUCGGCAGAGAAGGGUUACGCCCCAGCACAACACAACAUGGGCGUUAUCCACCACGAGAAGGGGCAGCACGAGGAGGCGUUCAAGUGGGUAAUGAAAGCGGCCGCUCAAGGCUGCAUUCAAGCAGAAUAUAUCAUCGGGCAGCUAUACGCACAUGGCGAAGGCGUGGAGAAAAACAUUCCCGAGGCGGUGAAAUGGUACACGAAGGCCGCGGAGCAGGGUCACGCCGGUGCACAUAACAACGUGGGCAGCAUCCACCACGAGAAGGGGCAGCACGAGGAGGCGGUCAAGUGGUUCAAGAAAGCGGCCAAUCAAGGCGACGCUAACGGAGAAGCCAACCUCGGAUUCUGCUACGAA